GGGCUCGAGCGUUUCGAAAAAGCGAAAAGCUGAAGGGGCGAGCUCCGGCGCAACGUGUCGUGUCCCCUGCCUUUUUUGGUUCCUCGUCGCGGGCGUCCACCUGGAACGCAACGGCUCCUCCUCGUCCCUGACCCGACCGCCCGCUCGUUCGGACGUUUCCUUCUAUCCUCUUCUCUUCCCCCAUUACUCGCUCUCGGUGCUGAUAAUCUCCUCCUCCUCCUCCGGGUUAUCUCCCCGAGAAGCGGUUUGUCUAUUUCCCCUUCGUUAGCUUCCAAGAAUAAAUCCUGGGUUUUUCCAGUUCCGGACUUGGUUUCCUCGGUCUUGCCCCUUCACAUUCCCCGGGCGGAGUCCCCCACCUCGAUCCUGCCCCAGCCGGUUGCCGUGCCGUCGUUGUCCCGAAGAGGGAUCGUACUUGCUUAAACCCCAUGUGCAUUUCGGAAGCAUUGUUGCGGAAAGUUCUCGGCUUUGGCUCGGAAGACCCGUUUCAAGAAACAGGGCACGAGCUCGCUGGGAUCACUGAUAUGGCACGAGCGUCUCGUUAUUGAUCUGCUGAAGUGGAUCCAGUGUCGGCGAGCGAGCCAGCUGGAGAAAUUGAGAAAUGGUCGGGCAUGGAGAGGAAGAGCCGGUUUAUGAGAUUGCGGUGGCCGUGCCCAAGAGGACAGCAAAAGAAGGAGAUGAGAGCGAGGACUGUGUGGAGGUUCUCGUGGAGGAAUUUAGGAAAGUGGGGCUGAUAACCGAGAGAGUUGUCGGCAUUGCGGAUGAGUUCAUCAAGCUGGCAGCUCCUUUGGAUAUUUUUGGAAGGACAGCCGCUGAGCUACAUAUGAAGAAACCAACACAUAUUGGGAUGGACUUGCAAUUUGAGUGGGAGGAUGUCCAUGCUUUUGUGCGACAACCAGAUGGUUCACUGUUCAGCUGGUGUGAGCGAUUUCAUUUCUACCGCCACUUGAUAUAUGGGAUAGUGAAUAAGAGCCGGUCCGAUAUAAUUCUAAAGUGGGAUGCAAAAGAAAUCCACUGGGAGCCUGGUGAACCUUUACUACAAAGAUUGGAAUCAGAGAGCAUCGUCAAACAAGUGUUUCCGAUACAUGUUGAAGCGAAGAGGAAAGAGCUUCUGAGAAGUUGGGCGUUGAAUUGGUUGAACUUCACAAGACAGCCAAUUGAUGAUAUCUACUUGUACUUUGGCACAAAGAUUGCAGUCUAUUUCGCUUUUCUCGGAAUGUAUACUCGGUGGAUGAUGUUUCCUGCAGGACUUGGGCUCAUAUCACAGUUGAUUGAUUUUGGGCCAUUCCAAUUCCUAGUCCUCCCAAUUUUCUUUGUAUGCAUCACGUUAUGGGCUGUAGUGUUUUUCCAGUUCUGGAAGCGUAAAAACUCCGCCCUUCUAACCAGGUGGCAGAUCAGUUAUUCAGUUGGAGCUGACCCUGGUUAUGACCUGGGCUAUAAGCUCUCUGGUAAAGAAUGGAGCUCAAUACAGUCGCCUGUGGAAAUAGCUCAUAAAGAAGAGCAAGAUAGAAGGAAGGAUAAGGAAAAGUUUCAAAGAGAAGAAUGGUUUGGAGCUUUUCUGAGGAUCAGGAACGAUGCUAUUGUUAUCUUGAGCAUCAUAUGCCUCCAGUUGCCAUUUGAAUUGGCCUAUGCACAUCUUUAUGAGGUCGUUGAAUCUGAUGUUAUAAAGUUUGGGCUGACAGCCAUCUAUCUCGUCCUCAUUCAGCAUUUCACAAGGAUUGGGGGUAAAGUAUCGGUUCAGCUGAUUAAUCAUGAGAGGAAUGUUAGCAGAGAAUACCGAGCUGAUAGCUUGGUCUAUAAGGUUUUCGGCCUCUAUUUUAUGCAAUCAUAUAUUGGACUUUUCUACCACGCCCUCCUGCACCGGAACUUCAUGACUCUCCGUCAAGUCUUGAUUCAGCGCCUCAUCAUCUCAGAGGUGCUGGAAAACCUAUGGGAAAACUCUUUCCCCUAUUUAAAGUACAGUUAUAAGAAACACAAAGUUAGAAAGAAGAAAAGGUGUGAAAAAGGAUCAACAAGGGGCAGGAUUCAAUUUGCAUCAAGGGUAGAAAAGGAGUAUCUGAAACCGUCUUACUCUGCAAGCAUUGGGGAUGAGCUCGAGGAUGGGCUGUUCGAUGACUUCUUGGAGUUGGCAUUACAAUUUGGAAUGAUCAUGAUGUUCGCUUGCGCUUUCCCUCUUGCAUUUGCCUUCGCUGCCUUGAACAACAUCACCGAGAUUAGGACAGAUGCACUGAAGUUGUUAGUUAUGAUGAAGAGACCCGUUCCUCGUGCCGCCGUGACCAUUGGAGCUUGGUUGAAUAUAUUUCAGUUUCUAAUAGUGAUGUCCAUAUGCACAAAUUCCGCUCUCCUGGUAUGCUUAUACGAUCAGGAAGGAAAAUGGAAAAUUGAGCCUGGACUAGCAGCAAUCCUAGUCAUGGAGCACGUGCUUCUGCUCAUUAAGUUUGGAGUUUCUCGCUUUGUUCCUGAGGAACCCGCAUGGGUGAGGGCGCACCGUGUGAAGAAUGCUACGCAGGCACAGGACGUGUGCUCCAAACAGUUGUUGAGAACUAUAUCGGCUGGAGAGAAGCUGUUCCUCGAAGCUACCAAGGAAGACUGAGGGAUGCUGUUUCAUCCGUCUGAGAUUUUGUUGGUGCUUUCACUCAAACUCACCCACUUACCAAAUUGUGUAUACAACAAGUUUUCUCUCAUUUUUAGCCCGGCAUACCCUUAUGUAAGGUACUUUUUUGCUUUGGAUUUUGUGAACUGAAGCAAAGCGAGGAAUCUCUCCCUCGAAAGCCAGGGGAUUUUUCUCAAUGAAAUGAGCGUUUGAAAAAGAAAUGCGUUCCGAAUUUGUAAAUGAACUUUUAUAGCUAA